GUUACAUGCACCUACGUGUAUUGUCUUUCCCGUCAUUUUCCUGCUCCAUUCAUUUACUUCUUCCCCUUACUCUAUCCCUCUCCCACUCCACUGUCUUGGUUCUGAUGUAUGAUCGGUCGAUGAGUGUUUACCUUGAAGUCAGCUUGUCGUUUCCUCGUCAACUGCUUCAUUUCACGGAGUAACCACCGUAGGGAUAGCACUACAUGUCUGUGUGGCUUCGACAUUUCUAUGGUAACGCUUUGUCACCUUUGUCGUCGGAAUCUGGUUUCUAACACCAUGGCUUCCAACGUCCCUAGUUCUUCUAUCGUCCGAACUUGCUACAACUGUGGGGAUCCAGGGCAUUUCGUGAGAUGGUGCCCGCACCCCAAGCCUGCUAAUCCCAAUUUUGCUCUUGUCCCCACACAUCCCCCCUUGCUUACCCUCCCAUCUUCUUCUGCAUCUAACUCUAAUGCUAUCGUUAAUACCAACGUUACGGGGAAAUUUGCUAGAGGUUUUGGAUGGAGCCAGGCGAAGCAACGACUUGACUAUUUGGAGCAUGUCAUCGUUGAGAUGAAGACGAGACAUGAUGCAGAGGUUGAAAAGGAGAAGAACCUUAAGGCCGAUGAGGAGAAAGCUCAGAAGGAGAAAGCGGAGGAUGAAAGACGUGAAGCGGAGAAGAAGGAUCGGGAGGAAUUCCGCAAACAACUCACUGACUCGAUGAAUGCCAGGCUGGAUGGAGUUGUUGACAAAGGAAGCAGCAACGAGGUUGAGACCUUGCGUAAGGAAGUGGAGAAGUUAGGCGGAAGGGUGCUACUUGUUGGCGCUUCGUCCAGCUCUGUCCAGGGUGCUAUGCAAGGCAACGAUGGUCUGCUCGCCAAGUUGCUUGCUGAACAGGAACGAAUGAAGAAUCAACUUGACGAGGCACUUUUGGCAAAGCGGCGUGUGGAGUCGAUCGAGAACGACAUGAGUGCGGUCAUUCGAGCUCGGGAUGAAGCCCGAGCAGAUGCUGAGAAGUGGCAGGAGGAGGCGCUGCGGCCUGGCAAGCGUGGUUGUAUCACGCUUAGUACUCCAGCUACGAGGACUGCUUCGAAGCCCUCUACAUCGACACCGCUCAAGUCCCCAGCUAUGUCGGUUGACCUAAAGAAGAUCUCGGAUUUGCACCGACUGAAAGUAGAGACGAUUCAGGAAAUGCACAUUGAAUUUCGUGAGUUUAAUGCAUGGCGAGAGGCUGAGCAGGAUUUGGAGAAGGCGAAAGAGAAGAUUGUGAAAAUGGAACGUGAGAUGUUACUAAAGUCGCCACGAUCGAACCUGCACUCCAAGAUGGACGGGCUUGUACCGGGAAAGGCAAAGAGAAGAUGGUUGCUGAUAGGAGUGGGUCGGACGAUAAGGACAAGGAUGCUUUUGCUAAAGACGAAAGGAAGGCACUGCGAGGAUUAACAAAGGAUGCAUUGAUCGCUAUCUGUGACAAGGAAGGAAUUAGGUAUGUGGGGGUGAAGCAGACUGUCGAUGACAUUGUCGCAGAUCGU